AUGGACUAUGUCCAAGAGAGUGUCACAGGUUUCCAUCUUCUACAAGCAGUUCUCAGUACAACUGUGAUUCCUUCAUGUAUCCCAGGAGAGUCCGAAGAUAACUGCACAGCUUUAGUUCGGACAGAAGAUAAUCCACGUGUGGCUCAAGUGUCAAUAUCAAAGUGUAGCUCUGACAUGAACGGCUACUGUUUUCAUGGACAGUGCAUCUACCUGGUAGACAUGAGUGAAAGUCACUGCAGGUGUGAAGUGGGUUACACUGGUGUCCGAUGUGAGCACUUCUUUUUAACCGUCCAAAAGCCUCUGAGCAAAGAAUAUGUGGCUUUGACUGUGAUUCUUGUUAUCUUGUUCCUCAUCACAGUUGCUGGCUCAGUAUACUAUUUCUGCAGAUGGUACAGAAAUCGAAAAAGUAAAGAACCAAAGAAGGAAUAUGAAAGAGUGACCUCAGGGGAUCCAGCAUUGCCACAAGUCUGAAUGGUGC